AUGGACCCUCUGCAUGCCUUUAACGCUGCUUUGCGGAAGGCAGCAAAGUUGCCCUUUGUCAUUGGUCUUACCGCUCCUUUUAAGAGCACCCGCUACUUCUCCACGUGGAAAAAACCGCCGUUGUUGGAAAAUCAGCCUCUUGAGGAAGUAAGCAAUAAAAAAGCCAUCGCUCUGCAGCCUGAAACGUCUAAGCUUCAGGAAACCGACCUGUUGAACGCCGUACCCCGUCCCGGUGGGAAAAAACGCAAGGCCGAUGCUCUUCAGAGUAAACCCUUCCAAAAAUUCUACACCAAAGCUGUGCCGAGCACCACUAAGGAAGAAUUCAGGAACCUGAGAAAUGAUGAUUUUGUCUCCAAGCAUAAAAAGCUGCAGAGAAGCCUUCCUCUGCCAGAAAGGACCAACGGCUCGGAGAUCUUGUUUGGGACAGCCCCCUGCUCCUUGGCCCUGGGAAAGUCCAAGCGGACGUUUUUCCAGCUCUUCCUCAGAACGAGCCGAGACACAACAUCUGGGGCAGAAAAAUUCUCCCAGUAUGCCGAGGAACGUGGGAUCCCGGUGAAGAAGGUGCACAGGAAAGUGUUGGCUGCCCUUUGUAAAGGGGGUGUCCAUCAGGGGGUGUGUCUAGAAGCCUCCCCUCUUCGGCCCCUGGCCUGGCAGGAAGGGCCCCUCCACCGAGCCCCCGUUGGCAAGGGGUCGCAGUGUAUCUGGUUGGUUUUGGAGGGGAUACACGAUCCCAUGAAUUUGGGGGCGGUUCUGCGAACGGCGCACUUCCUAGGCGUUGACGGGAUCGUGACGAGUGAAAGGAACAGCUGCUCCCUGACGCCAGUCGUUAGCAAAGCCAGCUCGGGGGUCAUGGAAGUUUUCGAUGUAUUUAGCACCGAUGAUGUUCAAGACCUUCUUAAGACAAAAUCCGAAGAAGGUUGGGAAAUCCUCGGGACAGUUGGCCAUGGAAAGAUUCCGGGAGACGUUCCAGUUGUCACUUGCUCAAACUUUCGCUGGACUCAACCCACCAUAUUGUUACUUGGGAAUGAAGGUUACGGCCUGUCUCCGGAGACAAAAAAGUUAUGCCACAGGAUGUUGACCAUCUCUCCCGGAAGAGAUUUGGAAUUUGGGGUAGAGUCCUUAAAUGUGUCAGUGGCAGCCGGCAUUCUUUUGCAUGCCAUCUGCAACCAGAGAAAUAACCACCCCAAAAUUACUGCAUCUGAAGGAGAAGGAGCAGACUCUACGGCUGUAAAAGACUGCAACCAAGAAAGUCAGCCAACAAACAUCCUGGCAUAGAAUGAAUUUCAGACAGCGGAAGAACUCUGCAGCUCAGAGAGGAACACCUAAAACGGAGGCAGCCAGACCUCUGGGAUGUAUUUUCACUCCAUGUUGUUUGUACUUCAUCUGCACUUUUGAAUUUUAGACGGCCCUGGAAUCCUCUUUUGCAAAAUUUCAAGAGUGUCUUGUCCUGUCUGAAAACAAUAAACACCUU